UGGAUUUCACAGAGACGUGGUGGGCCAAGCGAACAACCCAUAUUAUAGGUGGCUUUCUGCGAAAUAUACGAAACACACAAGAGGAACUCACUGGAAAUGGACUGUUUGCGAGACGAUUGGUUUAGUGAGUUAAGUACACUCUGGCCUGGUCAGUGCUUGUCGCUGAAAGUAAAGGAAGUCUUGUAUCACGAGAAGUCCCAAUAUCAAGAUGUUCUUGUUUUUAAAAGUGAAAACUACGGCAAUGUCCUUAUACUGGAUGGAGUUAUCCAGUGCACAGAGAGAGACGAGUUUAGCUACCAUGAAAUGAUAUCCCAUCUACCUCUGAAUUCACAUCCCAACCCCCAAAAGGUCUUAGUGGUUGGUGGCGGUGAUGGUGGAGUCAUACGAGAGGUUGUGAAACACCCACAAGUGGAGAGUGUCACUCAGUGUGAAAUCGAUGAGAAAGUUAUAGAAGUCAGUAAGAAGUACCUCCGAACGAUGUCCAGUGGAUUUGAAAGUCCCAAGCUAACGCAGCACAUAGGAGACGGGUUUGCGUUUAUGAAACAACAUCUCAACGAGUUUGACGUCAUCAUAACAGACUCAUCAGAUCAGAUAGGUCCCGCAGCUGAACUGUUUGAGGAUUCAUACUAUGUACUCUUGACAAAGGCUUUAAAACCUGGUGGAAUUAUUUGCACCCAAGAAGAAUGUGUGUGGUUGAACUUGGAAGAGGUCAGGACGCUGCAUAAGUUCUGCAAGACAUUGUUUCCAGUCGUUGACUACGGUUAUUGUACCAUUCCUUCAUAUCCAAGUGGUCAAAUUGGGUUCACAUUGUGCAGUCUAAAUCCGGACACAAACUUCAGGAAACCAAUUCGCAGCUGGACAAAUGAAGUCAAGAAGACCCUGAAUCUGAAAUACUACAAUAGUGACAUUCACAAAGCAGCCUUUGUCCUCCCUGAAUUUGCCAGAAAGUUUUUGGGAAACGAAGAUGACGGAGAAAAUGAAAAGUCGUCCCAACAAAAUGGUGAUAAGCUAGAUUGAGCAUGGACAGACUACCAGUGAGUGGACAUGAUUGUUGGAACCAAAUGAAGCAACGUCUUAAUUAUGAGAAGUACAUGUAGGUUACGUGUGGUUCUGAGACGAACUCAAUUUUACCAGAGGUUUCAAAAGUUCGUCAAACAGCAAGUUAUAAUGUUGAGGCACAAACCGGCGUAUUCCUCACAAUGCAAAUUCAACAAAAUCUGGACAUUGUUGGAUUUGUGUUAAUUUUCUUAACUAUUUUUAUUUUCGUUUUAUUCAUUCAAACUUGAUCUCAUCGCGUUUUAAGAUUAUUUGACAGAAUUAUUAUAGCGUUUAAAUUCACGUUUGCGGGAAGUUAAAUUGUGUGAAAAAGGGCAUUAAAAUAUUCUAAACGCAGUUUUAAAAUUAUACAAAUCAUUAUAAUUGACAUAUUUUGUAUUGUAUUACGCAAGUAGAAACUUAGCUAAUUGGUGGUUGUUUUAUUCUGGUAUCCUUUUUUUAAUUUUUUUUUUUUAGGUUUUUAGUUUUUAACCCACGGCCCCCACAUACCGAAAUGGGUAGGUAGGGAGACCGUGCAUGUCCCGUGCGUAUUCUAACAACCACUUUGGUCCUAUAGUUACAUUGCUUUACUUUACGCGUGAAUGAAACGAACUCUCCCACUAAAACGGGUCCCACUGUUGGAAUACAAGACUUGCACAUGAUUGUUAAUGGCCUACGGCUUCAGUCUGUCUGGUGUUUGCGGAUCGUAACUUGGGGGAAGCUCGGUUCAUACUCUCUCUGUCUGGUGUUUGCGUACCGUAACUUGAGUGAAGCUCGGUUCAUACCGUCUCUGUCUGGUGUUUGCGUACCGUAACUGGAGUGAAGCUCGGUUCAUACUCUCUCUGUCUGGUGUUUGCGUACCGUAACUUGAGUGAUGCUCGGUUCAUACUUUCUCUGUCUGGUGUUUGCGUACCGUAACUUGAGUGAAGCUCGGUUCAUACUUUCUCUGUCUGGUGUUUGCGUACCGUAAAUUGAGUGAAGCUCGGUUCAUACUUUCUCUGUAUGGUGUUUGCGUACCGUAACUUGAGUGAAGCUCGGUUCAUACUUUCUCUGUCUGGUGUUUGCGUACCGUAACUUGAGUGAAGCUCGGUUCAUACUUUCUCUGUAUGGUGUUUGCGUACCGUAACUUGAGUGAAGCUCGGUUCAUACCGUCUCUGUCUGGUGUUUGCGUACCGUAACUGGAGUGAAGCUCGGUUCAUACUCUCUCUGUCUGGUGUUUGCGUACCGUAACUUGAGUGAAGCUCGGUUCAUACUCUCUCUGUCUGGUGUUUGCGUACCGUAACUUGAGUGAAGCUCGGUUCAUACUUUCUCUGUCUGGUGUUUGCGUACCGUAACUUGAGUGUACUUUCUCCGCGAAUGUUCUUCCAGUGAUCUACCCCUAGGCCCUCAUGAGUCCCAGCAUCGAAAAGAUCAUGGGGUGUCCGAGUAUUUGCCGCCACCGCCCCUGGCUAUAUAAUUUCCAAACCGAACUAAAAACACACCUAAGGACACGCCAUUUGUAACAACUUGUCUUCUUCUUAGCGCCUCAAGAACUCCCUUGGGCGGAUAUGUUUUUGCGCAUUUUAAUGUCUUUAAUUCAUAUUAUACGAAUUUUGACUUCACAAUCAUUUGCAACGAAUCAUUCGCGUCAAUUGACUUGCGAAAACGGCCCUGUGACGUCAAAAAUCGUACUCAUUUGCAUUCGCAUGCAGUAUGAACCGGGCUUUACAAGUGACAUAAUUGAACUUGGUUGAGGGUUGCUCCUAUAAUAAAAAAAAGUGACCCGCUCAGUUCGUUUGAAUUCUACAACACUAGGCACAUUUGGUAGUCAAAGACCAGUUUUCUCACUUGGUGUAUCUCAUCAUUUACAUAAAAUAACGAACUU